AUGGCGCCUACGGAAUCGUCUGUUCCGCCAAGUACGAUGAUGGGUCCGGAUCCGACGACGGCAACUUUGUGGCCAUCAAGAAAAUCACCAAUAUCUUCUCGAAAAAAAUCUUGUGUAAAAGAUCGUUGCGUGAGCUCAAGCUUCUUCAGUUCUUCCGCGGCCACAAGAACAUUACUUGUCUAUAUGACUUGGAUAUCGUGCCCAACCCGCUCACGGGAGACUUUAACGAAAUAUACCUUUUACGAGGAACUCAUGGAAUGCGACAUGCACCAGAUAAUACGGUCAGGCCAGGCUUUGACAGACUCCCACUACCAGUCCUUCAUCUACCAGGUGUUGUGUGGGCUCAAGUAUAUCCACUCGGCAGAUGUUCUUCAUCGUGAUUUGAAGCCGGGAAACUUGCUCGUCAACGCCGAUUGCGAGCUCAAGAUCUGCGACUUUGGGUUGGCCCGCGGAUUUCUGGAAGACCCCGAGCAGAACGCUGGGUUCAUGACAGAGUACGUGGCUACCAGGUGGUACCGGGCUCCGGAGAUCAUGCUCUCUUUCACCAACUACUCCAAGGCAAUUGAUAUCUGGUCGGCAGGCUGUAUCUUGGCCGAGCUUCUUGGUGGAAAACCACUCUUCCGCGGCAAAGAUUAUGUCGACCAACUCAACCAAAUCUUGUUGGUUCUUGGAACUCCCGAUGAACCCACCCUCACCAAAAUCGGUUCUGUUCGAGCACAAAACUACGUGAGAUCUCUCCCGGCCAUGCGCAAGGUUCCUUAUAACGAAAUCUUUCCCAACGCCAACCCAUUGGCUCUCGAUCUCUUGGAAAAAAUGUUGACAUUGGACCCAUUCAAAAGAAUCACUGUGGAAGAAGCUUUGGAACAUCCAUACUUGUCGGUGUGGCACGAUCCCCAGGACGAGCCUCGGUGCCAGGUCAAGUUUGAUUUCAAGUCGUUUGAAAAAGCCGACGAUAUGAAUAUCAUGAAACGGUUGAUCAUGGAAGAGGUGAAAAAUUUCAGAGAUUUUGUAAGAAGACCCAUCGAAGAACAGCAACAGAUCCAAUUGCAAAUGCAGAUGCAACAACAAGAUAUCCAGCAGCACCAUCAAAACCACGUCCAGAUGGGACUCCCAAAUCCUCUCGCAGCCAACCAAUACAGUGAUGUACUUAACCCAUACUCGUCUCAUUCCAACUCGUCGCUGAACAACAACGCCGAGGUCAACACCGACCCAUCCCAGAUGAACAACGACCUACAAUUCUACGAAUCGGUUCCCAAACCACAAGAGCUUCCCGAGUUCCCCUUCUCGCCUCAUCAUCCGUCACACGACGUUCACAAGCCCAGUCCCAUGGACGACGACUUGUUUCGCUUGGAGGAGGAGUUGGGGUUCGGUCUUGACGGCGGUAUGUAUAAUAAUAUAUAG